AUGUUCGGCUGGGACGACGCACACGACGACUACAAAAAGACUCAAAACCCCGAGAACAAAGCCGAGCUCAGCCAUGAAGUCCUCGCCGGCGGCGCCUCCUUCAUGGCCAUGAAAGAAUGGGAAGACCACCAACGCAAAGAGGGCAAAGAAGUCGACCACGCCUUCGCCAAAGAAGCCAUCGCGGCCAUCGCGGGCGUCGAAGUCGACCGGCUCGCCGAGACCAAGGGGGCGGACUACAUCGACCGCGAGAAGACGAAGCACGAGGCGAAGAAGCGGAGCGAGGCGUUGUAUGAUCAGCAUUAUGGGGAGGAUGAGAACUACAACCCGCAUAAGAAGCACCCGCAUAAGAAGAUUCAGCAGGAGUUUGGGGGGUACUAG